AUGAAAAGGUUUAAUAUAACAUAUCUGGAAAUAUUUAAGAAUGGGAGGUCAUUGUCGGCUUAUUUUGACACGUCACUAGGUGAUGAUAGUAGUGGUGAUUCUAAUCCAAAUUAUGGUUCCACUGGAACUAGUACAAACACUAUCAAGCCAGAAGUGUUCCAUAAAUUGAUUCAAGAUUUAGUACUACCGAAAGUGGUAUCUUUAGAAGGCAACAAAGUAACUAAAGUCUCGACUACUUUGGUUGACGAUUAUGACUGUUUUUAUUCCACAGCAUUAGACACAAAUGAAAUAUAUGUGUGCUUCACUAAGGUUGACACCCCAAAGAUUUUACCUCUACGGAUACUGAGUGAUUUAAAACAAGAAGAAUAUAAAAAGAAUGAUUCUAACAUUGAACUUCGAGUACAUAUAGGAGAAAUUUUAGACAAAUUCCAUGAAGAACUUCUAACAUUCAAGAAACAAAACUUGACCAGUGAUGGAACGGGAGUUGAUGUCAGCGAUCAAGCAGAGGCUGAUAUUCAAGAUGUUAUCCAAGUGAUGAAUGAUAAUAUCGAUAAAUUUUUACAAAGACAAGAAAGAGUAUCGUUAUUAGUUGAUAAGACCUCGAAAUUGAAUAACAAUAGUAGCGGAUUUAAAAGGAAAUCAGCUAGAAUAAAUGAUAGAUUAUGGUGGCAAAGAAUGAAGAAUACCACACUAUUGAUUUUUGCAAUCAUUCUAAUUGUGAGUGCGCUAUUCAUAUUUUAUUACGUUCUCUAA